AAAGAGGAAUGAUAAAAGAGUGGAAGAAAAUAAACCAUUGGAGGUGAAUGACAACGUGGCUUACGAGAUGGUUCGAAGCGGUGAUGGAGAAAAUGUAGCAUACACAGCGUUAAAACUCGAUUCAUCCCACUCCUUCGUCAUUGCUCGUGAAAACGUGACAUUCUUCACGAGACUUGGCCCGAUUGGACGGGGUGACUUCGGCGUGGUAUGGAAGGGAGACCUCUGCUCAAAACAAGACCACCUCGACGUUGCUAUCAGGCAAAUACCAGAUCGCGUCACAAAUUCAUCACAAGUACUUCAAGCGAUUGAGGUUCUUUACAGGCUAUCGGAUCAACCAAAUAUUACCAAAUGUCUCGGUUAUUCUAAAGAACAAGGUAGUAUUCUCUAUGAGUUCAUCUCAGGGGGUACACUACUUACCCAUCUACAGACUUCAGGGGUGCAAUCUCAACCUACGUACAGUAAUCUCAAACCAAACGGUGUUCGUAUUGAGGAGGAUACCCUACUUAACUUGGCUUGGCAGGUUGCUAAAGGAAUGCUCUUCCUUGCUUCUAAGAAGAUCACCCACGGAGCUCUCUGUGCUCACAAUGUCUUGCUGGGAGAAAGAAAGCAAUGCAAGAUAUCAGAUUAUGGACUUUCUUCAUCGUUCUUUGGUGACGUAGCUAAACCUACAAGAUGGAGUUCACCAGAAACCAUGGCAACGGGUGAUCAAACUACAGAAGGAGACAUCUGGUCUUUUGGUAUCGUAUUGUGGGAAAUUGUCACACUAGGUGCGAGGCCAUACCCUAAUAUGACCUUUACCUCUGUCCAGACGGAAGUUGCUAAUGGUUACCAGAUGCCACGCCCUCGUCACUGUGCACAAGAAGUAUAUGCGAUUAUGACUGGUUGCUGGAAGAAGGACACCACAAAUAGGACCAACUUUGACCUAAUCCUGAAGGAUUUGGAAAUGAUUUUAGAAAAGAAUCAUAGCUACUUGUCUCUGAAUGACUUGGAUGAACGGUUGUAUGCGUCUUCUAUUGAUAUGUGAAUUUCACUUAAAUCAUCGAGCAAGAAUGACAUCAUGAUUGUAUUAAUUAAAGAAUUAUUGUGUCUUAUUCAAUUCAAUUCAAUUCGAUUCAAUUUAUUUCCACUAUAAAAAGCAACAAUAUAUAUAAGUAAAUACAAAGUUCUGUAUAUUUUCUCAGAUUGAGACAUGUAAAAACGCCGAUUGAAAUUUCAAGCACGUUGAUUAAGCCAGUUAGUCAAACCAAAAGUUGUUAAAGCUUUUUGGAUAUUGUUUCUAAACUAUCAUAAGGAUAGAAAAGGUUAAUUGGUUUAUCACACUGUGUUAGCUACAUGUUUACAAUAGGCAUAUACAGUGUUUCAAAGGACAUCUUCCUACCUUCCGGUCUUUUUUCGAGCAAAAGAAGAAAGAGUCGAAAAUCCAAUCUCACCUUGACAAUAAGGAAUGCUGCCGAAAACUGUUAUUUGAAAAUUGCAGAGUAUAGGAUGUUAAGUUUUUAGGUGUAACAAUAAUUGACAUCUCAACUUGAUUUCACAUAAGUCUACAACAUCUACGUCAGUAGCAAGAAAUGUUGGUGUUGUGUCGAGACCAAUGUAUACGUUGCCGCCAAGAUUUCCAAUCAAAUUUCUUUAUAUUGCUUUCACCACAUUGAAAUUAUUGUAAUCAUAUAUGGGUAGAUACUUAUAAAUUCCUAUCUUAAACAGUUGUAUGUAACAGAAUAAAAAAAAUUAAGCCUACUAUUAUUCACAAAUUAUGCACCAACAUCAUAUGACUGAGUUACCCCUAAGACUAUAUUUAUCAUAAUUUUUUUGUUUCCAUGUAAAUUAAAUGAUUUCUAGAUUUCAUGUACUAUGAAGACCGUUAUUCGCUCGUAUAAAACCCACUAAAAGUCACAUUCCAAUGAAAUCAAGGUAAAAUUAAAGGAGAAUGAAACCAUUGGAA